AUGAGGAUCAUGGCGGCGGCAGCGCUACUGCUGCUGCUGGUGUCGCUGGCGACGGCGGCGGCGGCGCCGCCCACGAGCAACACAUCGGACACGAGGAGCGAGGAGAAGUGGCGGAUGUUCAUGGAUUGGAAGGCCAGGCACGGGCACGGCACAACCAACAGCUCCCUCGCCGAGGAGGAACAGCACGGGGAGAGGGGGAGGAGCGCGGAGGACACGCGCAAGAUCUUCACGGAGUGGAAGGCCAUGAACGGCACGACCAACAGCUCCCUCGCCGAGGAGGAGCAGCGCGCGUACACCAUGUUCAAGCACAGGCUCGGCCUCAUCGACCGGCGGUGGCAUGACGAAGGCUACUCCGUCUUCUCCUGGGAGAGGGGGAGGAGCGAGGAGGACACGCGCAAGAUCUUCGCGGAAUGGAAGGUACAAGAAGGAGUUACCUACAGCUCCAUCGCCCACCAGGAGCACCGGUACACCAUAUUUAAGGAGGCCCUCCGCGACAUCGACCAGCACAACUCUGACUACGCCAUCGGGGUCUACAAUAACAACCGAUGCAUCGACCAGUUCAGCCAUCUCAUCCAAGAGGAGUACGAAGCCGUUUGCUGCGGGUACUGGGAGGUGAUGCCGUCCGAGGCCGAAUUACAGAGGGUGGGCGAGAUCCUGGAGCGCUUGUGGCAGGCAUUUACUCUUCGGCUAAAUUAA